AUGGACCAAGUAAAUGGCUCUGUGGUAACUGAGUUUGUAUUGCUGGGACUUGCACAUUCUUUGGGAAUGCAACUUCUCCUUUUUCUCUUCUUCUCGCUAUUCUAUGUGGGAAUUAUCUUAGGAAACCUCUUCAUUUUAUUCAUAGUGGUUUUCGAUCCUCUCCUACAAUCGCCCAUGUAUAUUCUGCUGGCCAACCUAUCACUCAUUGACUUGGGUCUUUCAUCUACCACAAUUCCUAGGAUGAUUUCUGAUCUUUUCAGUGACUAUAAAGUCAUUUCCUUUCAAAGCUGCAUGGUACAAAUAUUCUUUAUCCAUGUGAUGGGAGGAGUUGAGAUGGUGUUGCUCAUCGCAAUGGCAUAUGACAGAUACACAGCCAUCUGUAAGCCUCUCCAUUAUCUAACUAUUAUGAAUCCCAGAAUGUGCACAUUUUUGGUAGUGUUUGCUUGGGUCAUUGGAGUGAUUCAUGCUGUGACUCAGUUUGUUUUUGUUGUAAACUUACCUUUCUGUGGUCCUAAUAACAUAGGAAGCUUUUACUGUGAUUUUCCUCGGGUUAUUAAACUUGCCUGUACCACAGCAUUGAAAAACGCAGAACGGGUUCUUGUACUCGUGGUCUUUAAUUUUAGAUUUAUGAAAAGCUUUAAAAAUUGUAACUAG